AAUGUACCUCCGGGCCGACAGGGGGCGCCCCGCCCCGUGGCUACGGCCCCGGCGCAUAUCAUCUGCGGACCGGAAGCGGCCGCCCUUUCCCUGUGGAGCACAGCCAUGGCCCGCGGCCCCAAGAAGCACCUGAAGCGCGUGGCUGCGCCCAAGCACUGGAUGCUGGACAAGCUGACGGGCGUCUUCGCCCCCCGUCCAUCAACCGGCCCUCACAAGCUGAGGGAGUGCCUUCCCCUCAUCAUCUUCCUGCGGAACAGGCUGAAGUAUGCCCUGACAGGAGAUGAGGUCAAGAAGAUCUGCAUGCAGAGGUUCAUCAAGAUAGAUGGCAAAGUUCGCACAGACAUCACCUACCCUGCAGGCUUCAUGGAUGUCAUCAGCAUUGAGAAAACUGGAGAGCAUUUCCGCCUGGUGUACGACACCAAGGGGAGGUUUGCUGUGCACCGCAUCACAACUGAGGAGGCCAAGUACAAGCUGUGCAAGGUGAGGAAGAUCUUUGUGGGCACCAAAGGAAUCCCUCAUCUGGUCACCCACGAUGCCCGCACCAUCCGCUACCCAGACCCACUUAUCAAAGUGAAUGAUACGGUCCAAAUUGACCUGGAGACGGGCAAGAUCACAGAUUUCAUCAAGUUUGACACAGGUAACCUGUGUAUGGUGACCGGUGGUGCCAACUUGGGUCGUAUCGGGGUGAUCACCAACCGGGAGAGACACCCCGGGUCAUUCGAUGUGGUUCACGUGAAGGAUGCCAAUGGUAACAGCUUUGCCACCAGGCUCUCCAACAUCUUUGUCAUUGGCAAGGGCAACAAGCCAUGGAUUUCCCUGCCCCGUGGAAAGGGCAUCCGCCUGACCAUCGCUGAGGAGAGGGACAAGAGGCUGGCAGCCAAGCAGAGCAGUGGGUGAGCACCAGUUCAGGCCAGCAGUUGUCCGUUCAGUCUGUUAAUUAAACUGUUUACCAAA